AUGAGCCAGAGUGCGCCAGAUUCCCCGUCUCGAAACUUGACAGACGGCAAGAGUGUCCUCGUGACAGGCUCAGCACGAGGCAUUGGAAAGGCCAUCGCCCUGCGGCUAGCCUCGGAUGGAUACAAUGUUUGCAUUAAUGAUGUUCCUGCGAACGAAAAGCAAUGUGAUGAGGUCGUGAAGGAGAUCCAAUCCAUGGGUCGAAAGAGCUGCUCUGCCAUUGCGGACGUCAGCAGGCGGGGGGAGGUCAAGGAGAUGGUACAGAAGAGCGUCAAGGAGUUGGGUCCGCUUCACACAAUGAUCGCCAACGCCGGUAUUGUACAGGUCAAGUCACUUUUGGACCUCUCGGAAGAAGACUUCGCCCGCAUGCUGGCAGUGAACCUGACGGGCGUUCACAAUUGCUACGCCGAAGGAGCUCGCCAGAUGAUCGAGCAGGGAACCUGCAAGCCUGACGCCCCGGGCAAGAUUAUCGGCGCAGCAUCCAUUGUAGCGUUUAAGCCCUUUGCCUUGCUAGGGCACUACAGCGCGGCAAAAUGGGCUGUGCGUGGCCUCACGCAGGCAUAUGCGAUAGAACUGGCCGAACACAACAUUACGGUCAACGCAUACGCUCCAGGAAUUGUGGGCACGGCAAUGUGGGAGAAAAUUGACGCAGACCUGGCAGCGAAAAGAGGCGACGGAACGGUCAGGAAGGGCGAAAUGAUGAAGAAGUUUGUGGACGUGACGCUGAUGCAGAGGGCGAGUGUGCCAGAAGACGUGGCCAACCUGGUCUCGUUCCUUGCCAGCCCGAAUAGCGACUUCAUCACAGCACAGACACAGGUGGUCGACGGUGGCAUCGUGUUCACGUGA